GCAGAUGCUGCUCAAGGCGGGGAGAGGUCUCGUUGAAUGAGGCGGUAGGUGGCGGGGGGUUGUCGUCAUGGACGUGUAGCGACGCUCACAAGAAGAGGAAGAAGGAGGUGUGGGUCGCGCUCUCCUGUAUUUGCAUCUGUUCAAUCCCUUUGGAUGGAAUCAUGUCACGAGCGCCCCGGCCUUGCGACGACAGCAUCAGCGUAAAUACACGGCGACGAUAAGCGGCUCCGAGGCAUACAGAAAUGGGUGGUCAGAUCACGCGAAAUGCUUUGUACGACUCCCUCGGUGGCCCUUUCCCAUCCACAUCCCACCGCUGUCAUCACAAACACAAGAGAUGUCUGCCUAUCCAGUGUGGAAGUGUUUGUGGUCCCCUUCCAGCCAGCCCACUUCUCUUUCACCCUAAUGCGAAGGGUUCCCAAAUUGUCAUGGACCUUGCCCAGAAGAUAGUCAAGAGGCAGGGGAGUUUCUGCAAUGCCAUCACUUUCAGCAACAGGCCCAUAGCCCUGUACGAGCAAGUCCGACUCAAGAUUACUAAAAAGCAGUGUUGUUGGAGUGGAGCUCUGCGUCUGGGGUUCACCUCCAAAGAUCCCUGCAGGAUCAACCCAGACAACUUGCCAAAGUACGCCUGCCCAGACUUGGUGUCCCAAAGCGGCUUCUGGGCGAAGGCUCUACCUGAAGAGUUUGCUAAUGAGGGGAAUGUUAUCGCCUUUUGGGUUGACAAGAAGGGCCGUGUGUUCUACCGCAUAAACGAGUCCAGCCCCUUGCUGUUUUUCAGCGGUGUCCGAACCACCGAACCCGUCUGGGCUCUCAUUGAUGUUUAUGGUCUGACCCGUGGAGUGCAGCUGCUAGACAGUGAGAUUGUUCCUCCCGACUGUUUGCGCCCUCGCUCUUUCACGACGGUGCGCUCCUCCUCUCUCUGCCGUGGGGCAGACGACUCCCGUCUCUCUGUCAGCCUGUGUGACCUCAACCUUCAGCAGGAGGAAGGAGGCAACUCCCACGCACACCAUCACACGCUCCACCUGGCCUCAGCCUCCUCCAGCUGCCCCAUCCCCCAGAACUCCCUCAACUCGCAGCAAUCAUCUUUGUUGCCGUCCAUCAUCGAGAGCGAUCUCCACUUCCACCAGCUGCGCGGCGCCCAUAUUAAGACUCUCGAUGAACAGACUGUGGCGAGAUCCGAGCAUUCACGGGAGGAGCGCACGCUCGUCUUUACCAACCGCCCUCUACAAACUGGAGAGUGUGUGUACAUCAAAGUCACCAAAUCCAGUCCAGCCCGCUCAGGUUCCUUGUCCUAUGGUGUGACAUCAUGCGACCCAUCUGUGCUGCGCCCCAGUGAUCUGCCAUAUAAUCCAGAGGCUCUCGUGGAUAGAAAGGAGUUUUGGGCGGUGUGUCGUGUGCCCACCCCUCUACAGAGCAGUGACAUCCUUGGCUUCUUGGUCAACCAAGAAGGGGAGGUCAUUUUAAGCCACAACGGCACCAACGUUGGCAUGCAAGUCUGUGUGGACAACUCGCGUCCACUCUGGAUGUUCUUUGGCCUACAUGGUGCUGUCACUCAGUUGAGAAUUCUGGGCUCCACUCAUGUUGGAGACACACGGGCCGGUUCGAACCCCAGUUCGCCCUCCUCGUCACCGCAAACUCCAAGUGCCCUGGGCAGCAGCAGCUCGGAUACCGUCCUCAACCGAGGCAUCUGCUCGGCAGCUUACUGCGGCUCACCCGGGGGAACAACUCUGAAUUCUCCAGUCAGCCUGCCCAAGUCACCCACAUUUCCAACGGAUCGCGGGCCUCGCUAUGAUGAGUGCUCCAUCUGUUACGAGAACACAGUGGACACGGUCAUCUAUGCGUGUGGACACAUGUGUCUCUGCUAUAGCUGUGGCCUGAAGCUCAAGAAAAUGUCCAACGCCUGCUGUCCCAUCUGCAGAAGGCAGAUUAAAGACAUCAUCAAAACCUACCGAAGUACAUAAGAGCACACGAUGGGACCGCAAACUCCCAGAGAUGAGGGAAUUGUUUAAUCUUGAACUUUUUGUUGGUCGAAUCUGAAUCCAAACUCAAUUGGGGUACAGUGCUGCUCAUAUGUGCUCUCACACAGAGGCAGCACUUGAAGGGAAACAAACACGAUACACGCCACAAGUGUUCCCACCUCAACACUCUGAAUUCUAGAGGGGAACCACGCAAACAACUUGAUCAAAGCUUUUAUUUGUUGAGCCAUGCCGCCCCGAAGCAGGGACUGUGCUCAAACGGUCUGAAUGUUUCUUUCACAACACUGCACAGAAUUCAGUCAACCGGAUGUGUAUGGCAUGUCUGACUGUACCGGUGAAAACAAGCACACACCCACACUCACACACACCCACACACACACACACACACACACACACACACACACACACACACACACACACACACACACACACACACGCACACACACACACACAUGCACAAAUACACACACAUCAUGUAAGUCAUCUCACUAUCUCACACCUUGUGUAUGUGUUGCUGAGCUCCACCUGGAAAUAGACGAGUCGGGCUCCAGCAACGCACCGAUGAACAAAUGAAUCAUUGACAUCGUGCUGGUAAUCGGUAGUGACAUGUUUUAGAAACGGUGCUGAGUUUACGCUUGUACUCAUUUAAUUUACUGUAUCUUUGCUAGUUCUACUUCAAAUGGUGGUAGAUAUGUUGUUGUGCUAGCUAGCUAGCUAGCUGCUUGCGCUACAAUGUGCUAUGUUGCACUGAAAUCGGAAUCCUCGUGGAAAUGCCCCAAUACCAAAACCAUUCAAGGACAUUCCUGGGUUUGAACAAUUGGAAGACUCAAGCAGCUCACAAUUCAGAAAAACAUGACACAUUCUCAGGGCCAGUACUUUUAUGGUUUUAUUUUUAAGAUGGAAGCACUCUUUUUUUUCUUUCUUUUUUCCCCAAACUAUAGUCCUAACCGUGCCUGAUGCACUGGGAGUAAUCCUGACAUUCACGUCGCCUCAAAAAUAACUCCGUAAGAAUUCAGGUGAUUGUUGCCGUGGUAUCAGAAGGCAGUACGGUUACGACACAACAGCCUUAACCAGCAUUUGUUACAAGCAGAUGUACCUACAAGAAAGAAAAUUACCAAAAAUACUGCCGUGUGACACAAAGUGGUCACAUUUUUCACUCAGUGGAGGAAGGAAAAAAAAAAGCACACAAAAUGUUAAUUAUUUUUCUAAAUAGACAGAAGUUCCCAUAUUAUAUGAACAUGUCUUCUAAUCUUUGACAGGUUUUCACCAGCAGCAAAAGAGCCUUUAUAGAAAUGAAGUUACUCGACAGUCAUAAAAAAAGCUUAUUUCAAAAAUUUGAAUGAUGCCUCUCCCACACUUUCAUUCCAAUAUCUCCUCGUCAAAUCAUCUACAUGGGGCUCAAAGCUUUACUGCUAUUGCAUUUGCCAGCUGUCCUUUUCCGGUAAAUGCUGGCAGUGGUUAGCAUGGUCCACACAUCCCUCCACACUUUUUUUUAUGCUACUGCUUGAAGUGUUGAAUCACAUUUGAAUGUUAAUUUAUGCUUUUAGAAUAAAUUAUUGUGUUUUUUUUUUUUUUUUUAAUUAUUGUGUUGUGUUAUAGUCUUAUUUUCGUAGGAUUGCUUUUUUUCCCCCCUAUCCUUGGUUGGAUUAAUAGUUUUGAGUCUAUGCGUUCUUGAGCUCAACAUGAAAAUCGAAAUGUAUUCUAGUUUUGUAAGUGUGCAAAUGAUUUGUUUUGUAUUGCAGCAUUGUAGUACACAAAGUUGCAGCAUAUAAACUACGGUACUAGGUUUAUUACAAUCCCUGAUUUUUUUGUUUUGUUUUAUGCGGGGGUAUAUUGUGUAUAAACUGUUAAAAUUUCAGUCCAUCCCACAUAAAGCUUUUAUAAUAUUGUUUAAAAGCCAUCACUGUGUACGUAUCACUCGUUUGGUGGUGAUAAAUGUCACUUUAAGCAAUUGAUUGUACAUUUGGAAAUAUUCAGGCCCGUGUUGCAGUCCUGGCAUGUUUUGUAUUGUGCACUCUGAUCAAAUAUAUACUUAAUCCAUUUGCAUUGCAUUUUUUUUUUUUUAAAUCAAUGCGUUGAAACAUACUCAUAUGUUGUGCUACCGUUUUAGCCGACUGUCAUUAUGGUUAUCAACUCUUUUACUUUUGCAUUCUAAAUAUUCAAACAGCUCCUUGAAUGUUACUGACCUUGUAAUGUGGUUAUUAUCCAUCACUGAUGGGAGGACUAAAUCGUCAAUUUGUUUUUCUUGAUUCUGUUUUGUGUGUUUGCAAUAUUUUACAUUGCCACUGUUUGACUUGUGUUUGUGUGCGUGCGUUUGUGUGUGUUGCGCUCGCGCUUAUAUUACAACACUGCAAUUAGAUUUACACAAUCGAUUUUGUGUCAUGUAUGACUGAUCGGUUUACCUCAUGUAAAGUUCAGGACCAACUGUCGACGAGUUUGCUUCUUUAUCCGUCUCAGUUUUGCCAUGGUUGUGGCACAGCAGCGUUCUGAAGUAUUUGGUGAACCUCGAUUUUCUUUCACUUUAUUUCAAACAUUGUAAGCAGUGACUCGGUGCGUCAGAUGAUUGUGUUUAAUAAACUUUCCAUGUGGUUGCGCA